GCUCUCGCUCUCAGAGUCUCUCUCUGCUUUGGCUUCCGCUCUCCAGAUCUGAUCCUCAAAAUCACUAAGAGUUGGAGAGAAGAGUGAUGCCUUCAAUGGUGCAAAAUGGACCCAGAAACAAUCCUCAAACCCAAAAGCCCCACUCUAACUUCCCCAAUAAAUCUCACAAUCCCGAUUCUCUGGCCAGGAGAGAGAGGAUUGAGAGGCAGAGAGAGUCUCUACCAAUAGCAUCAGUUAAGGAACGACUAGUUGAGGGGGUUAAUACCCAUGAUAUUUGGAUCAUUGUUGGUGAAAGUGGAAAUGGAAAAACAACUCAAUUACCUCAGUUUUUAUUCAGUGCUGGGUUCUGUCAAGAUGGAAAAGUUAUUGGGAUAACUCAACCUAGGCGUGUUGCAGGGGUCACCGUGGCAAAACAAGUGGCGGAGGAAUGUGGGGUUGAAUUGGGGCGAAAGGUUGGAUAUUCCAUCAGGUUUGAUGACAAAACUUCCAGCUCUACAAGGAUUAAGUACAUGACUGAUGGAUUGCUACUCAGGGAAGCAUUGUUGGAUCCUUACCUCUCUAGAUAUUCAGUCAUCAUUGUGGAUGAAGCUCAUGAGAGAUCAGUCCACACUGACGUUUUGCUAGGAUUGCUAAAAAGUGUGCAAAAUGUGAGGUCAAACUUCAUGAAGGAUCUUGAUAAUAUGGAUGAUAAGAAGUCAAACAAUAGGGCAAUGAAGGGGACAGGAACUGGUACUCAAUGUACUAGUUUUCUCAAGCAAUGCCAUGGUAGAAAAUUCCCUCCGUUGAAGCUAAUCAUAAUGUCCGCCAGCUUGGAUGCUCGUGUUUUCUCUGAGUACUUUGGUGGUGCCAGAGCUAUUCAUAUUGAAGGGCGCCAACAUCAAGUUGAUGUACUGUAUACUCUUCAUUCUGAGCCAGGUUAUCUUGAUGCGACCUUGGUUACUAUAUUCCAGAUUCAUUUGGAGGAGGCCCCUGGUGACAUACUUGUAUUUCUAACUGGGCAAGAAGAGAUUGAAUCUGUUGAAAGACUUGUGCAAGAACAACUUCAUAAAUUACCUGAAGCCAAUCGAAAGUUGUUAAUUGUCCCCAUGUUUUCAUCCCUUCCAUCAGAGCAGCAGAUGCGGGUUUUCAUGCCAGCUUCAGCUGGGCAUCGUAAGGUAAUAUUGGCCACAAAUAUUGCUGAGACGUCAGUGACGAUACCUGGAAUCAAAUAUGUUAUAGACCCAGGAUUUGUAAAAGCACGUUCCUAUGAUCCAGUCAAAGGAAUGGAAUCAUUGAUAAUUGUUCCAACUUCAAAAGCUCAGGCUCUUCAAAGGAGUGGACGUGCAGGGCGUGAAGGACCUGGGAAGUGCUUUCGUCUCUAUCCAGAGCGUGAAUUUGAGAAACUUGAGGAUUCAACAAGGCCAGAGAUCAAGCGGUGCAACCUCUCAAAUGUCAUCUUGCAACUGAAGGCUCUAGGUGUCGAUGAUAUCAUUAGAUUUGAUUUCAUGGAAAAGCCAUCUAGGGCAGCUAUCAUCAAAUCGUUGGAGCAUUUGUUUCUGCUUGGUGCUUUGACAGAUGACUGUAAGUUGUCAGAGCCUAUUGGGCAUCAAAUGGCUCGGCUUCCCUUAGAUCCUAUUUAUUCCAAAGCACUCAUCCUAGCUAGUCAGUUCAACUGCUUGGAAGAAAUGCUAAUAACAGUUGCGAUGCUCUCUGGGGAAUCUAUUUUUUAUGCCCCUCGCGAGAAGAAGAAUGAGGCGAUAGCUGCAAUGAAGUGCUUUGCAAGUCCAGAUGGAGACCAUCUCACUUUCGUUAAUGUAUAUCGGGAAGUAUAUAGACUUUUUGAUAAAAGACAUAUGUAA